AUGCGGCGGCGCCCGCCGAGCCGGGGCGGACGCGGGGCGGUCGAGGCUCGGGAGACGCGCCGGGCACGCCGGUCCGGCAGCAGCCGCGGCCGCAGGAUGGCCGAGGCUAUCGGCUGCACUCUGAACUGUAGUUGCCAAAGUUUCAAACCUGGGAAAAUAAACCAUCGUCAGUGUGAACAGUGCAGACAUGGAUGGGUGGCUCAUGCACUAAGUAAGCUGAGGAUUCCCCCCGUAUAUCCAACAAGCCAGGUGGAAAUUGUCCAGUCCAAUGUGGUGUUUGAUAUUAGCAGUCUCAUGCUGUAUGGGACCCAGGCGAUCCCUGUUCGUCUGAAAAUCCUACUCGACCGGCUCUUCAGUGUGUUGAAGCAAGAUGAGGUCCUGCAGAUUCUCCAUGCCUUGGAUUGGACCCUUCAGGAUUAUAUCCGUGGAUAUGUGCUACAGGAUGCAUCAGGGAAGGUGUUAGAUCACUGGAGCAUCAUGACCAGUGAGGAAGAAGUGGCCACCUUGCAGCAGUUCCUUCGCUUUGGAGAGACCAAGUCCAUCGUUGAGCUCAUGGCAAUUCAAGAGAAAGAGGAACAGUCUAUCAUCAUGCCACCUUCCGCAGCAAACGUAGACAUCCGGGCUUUCAUUGAGAGCUGCAGCCAUCGAAGUUCGAGCCUUCCCACUCCCGUGGACAAAGGAAACCCCAGCAGUGUACACCCUUUUGAGAAUCUCAUAAACAACAUGACUUUCAUGUUGCCUUUCCAGUUCUUCAACCCUCUGCCUCCUGCACUGAUAGGGUCGCUGCCUGAACAGUACAUGCUGGAGCAGGGGCAGGACCAAGGCCAGGAGGACCCCAAACAGGAAAUCCACGGGCCCUUCUCUGACAGCGGCUUCUUAACUUCCACAUCAUUUCAGGUUGAAAAGGAGCAGUGUUUAAGCUGCCCGGACGCUGUUGCUCAAAAAGAAGACGGUGCCCAUUUAAGUGACUCCAGCUCAUACAGCAUUGUCACUAAGCUUGAACGGACACAGCUAUCCCCUGAGGCCAAAGUAAAGCCCGAGAGGAACAGCCUUAGCACGAAGAAGGGCCGAGUGUUCUGUACGGCAUGUGAGAAGACUUUCUAUGACAAAGGCACCCUCAAGAUCCACUACAAUGCCGUCCACUUGAAGAUCAAACACAAGUGCACCAUUGAAGGGUGUAACAUGGUCUUCAGUUCCCUGAGGAGCCGCAAUCGCCACAGCGCCAACCCCAACCCUCGGCUGCACAUGCCAAUGAACAGAAAUAACCGGGACAAAGAUCUCAGAAAUAGCCUGAGCCUGGCAAGCUCGGAGACAUACAAGCGCCCCGGCUUCACGGUGGUUUCUCCAGACUGUGGGCCUCUCCCCGGCUAUACAGGUUCCCUGGAGGAUUCCAAAGGCCAACCAACUUUCUCAAGCAUUGGGCAGAACGGUGUGCUUUUCCCUAACCUAAAGACAGUGCAGCCAGUCCUUCCUUUCUAUCGUAGUCCAGCCACCCCCGCCGAGCUGGCAAACACACCUGGCAUGCUGCCUUCUCUCCCUCUCUUGUCCUCUUCAAUCCCAGAGCAGCUGAUUUCCAACGACAUGCCGUUUGAUAUUCUCCCCAAGAAGAAAUCCCGGAAGUCCAGUAUGCCUAUCAAAAUAGAGAAGGAAGCUGUGGAAAUAGCUAAUGAGAAGAGACAAAAUCCCAGCUCAGAUGAAGACGUGCCCUUGCAGGUGGUCAGUGACGACGAGCCGGAGGCCUGCAGUCCUCAGUCAGACAGAGUAUCCGGGGAGCAGCACGCACAAGCAAGAAGCUUAGGAAAACCCCUCCCCCAAGGAGAAAGGCCCUGCCAUUUCGAAAAUGUGAUCGAGUCCCAUGGAGCCAUCGGCAGAACCCUUGAGCAGGCCACACACACACACAGGGAGACUGAGCAAAAGUUAACAUUGACCAUGGUGCCAAGAGAACUUGAGGAUGGUGGCCGGGAACACCCCUUCACACCUGGAGUGGAGUCCCAGAUUCCUUUUUCUGACUACAUGGAACUGCAGCAGCGCCUGCUGGCCGGGGGGCUCCUGGGUGCCUUGUCCAACAGGGGAAUGACUUUUCCUUGUCUUGAAGAGCCUAAAGAACUGGAGCACCUGGGGCAGCAUGCAUUGGAGAACCAGAAGGAAGAGAACCGCUUCCAGUGUGACAUCUGUAAAAAGACCUUUAAGAAUGCUUGCAGUAUGAAAAUUCAUCACAAGAAUACUCAUGCCAAAGAAACCCACCCGUGCACAGUGGAGGGGUGUACGGCUACGUUCCCAUCCCGCAGGAGCAGAGACAGGCACAGUUCAAACGUGACCCUCCACCAAAAAGUAUUGCACCAAGAAGCACUAGAGAGCAAUGCAGACCAUUUUCGUGCUGCUUACCUCCUGAAAGAUGUCAGCAAGGAGGCCUAUCAGGAUAUGGCCUUCCCACCCCAAGCAUCUCAGACAUCUGUCAUCUUCAAGGGAACGAGUGGAAUGGGCAGUAUGGUCUAUCCAAUAACCCAAGUUCACAGUGCCAGCCUGGAGAGCUACAACUCUGGCCCCCCUAGUGAGGGCACCAUCCUGGAUUUGAGCACUACCUCAAGUAUGAAGUCGGAGAGCAGCAGCCACUCUUCCUGGGACUCUGACGGGGUGAGUGAAGAAGGCACUGUGCUCAUGGAGGACAGUGACGGGAACUGUGAAGGACAGAGCCUCAUCCCUGGGGACGAUGAGUACCCCAUCUGUGUCCUGAUGGAGAAGGCUGACCAGAGCCUUGCCAGUCUGCCUUCUGGGUUACCCAUAACCUGUCAUCUCUGCCAAAAGAUAUACAGUAAUAAAGGAACCUUUAGGGCCCACUACAAAACUGUGCACCUCCGCCAGCUCCACAAGUGCAAAGUGCCAGGGUGCAACACCAUGUUUUCAUCGGUUCGCAGCCGAAACAGACACAGUCAGAAUCCCAACCUGCACAAGAGCCUGGCCUCGUCCCCAAGUCAGCUCCAGUAACAAACCAGACC